AUGAAUCUACGACCCUUCCCUGACCGGAAAAUCUUCAUCGCAUUCUCCCUCCUUGCUCUCAUCGGCGGCGGCCUUGUAGUUUUCUCCUUCAUCGGCGAUGGUACCAGCCAACUCAUCUGCACCGGAGCCUUCGACAACUUCCAAUCCUCGGCGGCUUCGAUGCAACUCCGGGCAAUCCUCCACUACGCCACGUCCAAAACCGUCCCUCAACAAUCGCUCGACGAGAUCUCCAUCUCCUUCAACGUUCUCAAAUCCAUCUCCCCUUGCAAUUUCCUCGUUUUUGGCCUCGGUCACGAUUCCCUGAUGUGGGCGUCGUUUAACCCCGGCGGCGUAACUUUAUUUCUCGAAGAAGAUCCGAAAUGGGUCCAAGCCGUUCUCAAAGACGCACCGGAUCUCAAAGCGGUGAACGUUAAGUACCGGACACAGCUCUCUCAGGCCGACGACCUUAUGAAAACGUAUCGGUCGGAACCGGAAUGUUCUCCAACCAAAUCGUACAUCCGGGGCAACACGCGGUGUCGGUUAGCUCUUACGGGUUUGCCCGACGCGGUGUAUGAUAAGGAGUGGGAUAUCAUCAUGAUCGAUGCUCCGAGGGGUUGGUUUGCUGAGGCGCCCGGUAGGAUGGGGGCGAUUUACUCCGCCGCUGUCAUGGCGAGAAACAGGAAAAAGCCCGGCGUGACGCACGUGUUUUUGCACGAUGUUGAUCGGAAGGUCGAGAAGGCUUAUGCAGAAGAGUUUUUGUGUCGGAAGAAUAGGAAGGAUGGUACCGGACGGUUAUGGCAUUUUGAGAUUCCGCCGGCGUGGAAUGUUACCGACGGGAAGGGCGGCACUAGUUUUUGCUAG